AUGAUCUUCUUGUAUAUUCUUUUAUUGUUUUCAAUAGCACAAGCAACACAUAACCCAAAGCAUGUUCUUAUUGUUUAUUCAGGUGGGACAAUUGGAAUGAAACAAGGAGAACAAGGAUGGGAACCACAGCCUGGAUAUCUUCAAUCAUUAAUUCAAGAAAUGCCGCAAUUCCAAAGUGAAACAUUACCAUAUUAUGAUUUUAUUGAAUUAAGCCCAUUACUUGAUUCAUCAGCAAUGACACCAAAAGAUUGGGUAAGAAUAGCAGUUGUAAUUAAUGAGAAUUAUAAUGAUUAUGAUGGAUUUGUUGUAUUGCAUGGAACUGAUACUCUUGCAUAUACUUCAAGUAUUCUUUCAUUUAUGUUUGAGAAUUUAAAUAAGACGAUUGUAGUUACUGGAGCACAAACACCAUUAUGUCAACCAUAUUCAGAUGCUACAAAUAAUUUACUAAGUGCAUUAACAACUGCUGGUGAUAUUCCAAUUCCAGAAGUUGUUGUUACAUUUGGAGGACAUUUAUAUCGAGGAAAUCGAGUUCAAAAGUUAAAAGCAAAUAGUUAUGAGGGAUUUGAUUCAGCUAAUUAUCCAGCAUUGGCAAUGUUUGGUGCUGAAAUUCUUGUUGAUUGGCCACACGUUAAUCCAUAUGCUAAUGCGCCAAUGAGAUUUAUUCCUACAGUUACAGAUGGUGUUAUUAUUAUCUAUCUUCAUCCAGGUAUUACAUCAACAUUUAUUGAAGCAGUUUUAAAUAAUAAUGUUAGAGGUGUAAUAUUAGCAGCAUUUGGUGCAGGUAAUGGACCUGAUAAAGAAAACUUUUUAAAACCAAUGAGAGAAGCAAUUCAAAGAGGAGUAGUUAUUGUUGAUAUAACACAAUGUCAUAUGGGAAGAGUUGAUUUAGAUGAUUAUAGUGCAGCAUAUGGAUAUAAAUCAAUUGGUGUUGUUAGUGGUGGAGAUAUGACUAUUGAAGCAGCAUUCACUAAAUUAACAUGGUUACUUGCUCAAGGAAUGACUCCAGAUGAAGUAAGAAAUAAUAUUAAAUCGAAUCUUAGAGGAGAAUUAACUAUUCUCUAA